AUGCUGGAUGUCACCGAGGAAGUCGAUCAAUCGUCGCGAGCAUUGCCUCCUCGAGCAUCCCUUGCUCUCCUCAGCGGGCGGAGGCUCGGAAGAAGUGAGAUCAAAGAGCUCGAGGCCGUGAUCAAGAGAGAAGCUGACAAGCUGGGACAUGCCCACCCGUUCGUGGAGGAAGCAAGGCUUCACCUCAACAAGCUGCGGACGAGCGAGAGGGAGACGGCGUGGGAAGAGCUGAAGCAGAUGCAUAAUGACAAUGUCGACUCUGCGAUCAAAGUCAGGGAUGAAGAUGAACUUGAAAGAGCCAUCCAUGCAGCGAUGUUCUCUCCUCUUGGCAAGCGCCAUCCCAUCGUCAUCAAGGGCAAGCGAGCGUUCGAGGAGAUGGUGAAGGAGAGGAAUCGAGCUGAGUAUGAGGAAGUCGAGAGGGUCCAGGUCGAAAUGCUCAUCGCUGCCAAGGAUGACAUGGAGGAACUUAAGAAAGCGAUCGCUCAAGCAAGCGAUGUCCUCGGGUCUUCUCAUCCUGCUGUGGAGGCUGCUCGCUUGGACCUCAAGGACCUACGGGAUGCGGCGAAUGCGCAGGAGUACCAGGUGGGAGAGAGAAAGAGGAGGGGAUGUCGGAACUUGUGCGAUUACCACGAGCGUAACAUCCAAGAUGCUGCCAGCAAAUUUGACGAGGAGGGGCUGGCAUGGGCGAUCUCUCGAGCUGAUAAGGCUGGGCUGGGGCCUGCACACCCGAUCAUUGAGCGAGGGAAGCAGCAGCUGUCACAGAUGCAGCGAGACAGGACCAAGCGAGAGAGAAGGGCUCGGGAGGUAGAGAGUCUUCGGCUGCUGCUGUUGGCCAUGAAGAUUGAUCUCUUCGGUGGCAAUGCAAACUCGCAAAGGCCGCAGGAUACCAGCAGGAGCUCUGAGAGUAGCUUGUCCUCCUCGCUCGCCGCCAGCAUCGUGCUGGACGAGCCUGCCAUGCUCGAGUACGAGGACAGCGUGAAGCGAUGGGACGCCAACGUCUGGCUCGCUGAGGCAGGCAGCUGGGAGGCAGCUGAGCACGAGAUCGCUGAGCUGCAGAAAACUCUCAAGAAGUCGAAGAUCGACCUUGGGGAACUUCACUUCGUCGUCCUUGCAGCAUACAAUCGCAUUCGAGAGAUGAGGGACGCGUUACAUCGGGCUCAGUACAAAGAGAUUGGUGAUCCAUAUCCUCGUUCGCUAGUUCCUCUCACCACCUUCUCCUGUCCAGAACAAUAUCACAUCUCGAAGAUUGCUGCCGCUGCUGCAUCCGGCGAUCUGGAGGAGCUCGACAAGAGUGUUCGCCUCGCCGCGGCAUCUGAGAUGAGCUGGCAGCAUCCUGCGGUGCAGCAGGGAAAGAGACUGUACGAGGAGGGCAGGAAGAUCCGAGUGAGAAUCUUGCGGGAGGAGCAGGAGAAUCAUUCUCAACUUGAGCUCGCAGCUGCUAUGGAGAAGGCGACGGUAACCUUCUCUGCCUCAUCCCCCUGGGCUCAUCCUUGA